AUGGGGGCUGAGGAGGCGGUGGGCACAGAGUUGCAGCAAACAGAGCAGCCUGAGCAGCAGCAACCAGAAGAACAGAGUCAGCAGCACCAAACGACUGAGCCACAGCAGCAGGAAGAGCAGAAACACGAAGAUGCGCAGCAGCAGCAGCAGCAGCAGCAGCAGCAGCAGCAGCAGCAGGAGCAGGAGCAGCAGCCGCAACAGCAGGAAGCAGAAGAGGAGAAGCAGCAGCAAAAGCAGCCCGAGCUAGAAGGAGAGCAGCAGCAGCAGCAGGGGAUGAAAGACGAACAGCAAGUGCAGCAGCACGAACAGGCAGAACAGCAGCAGCUGCAGCAGCAGGAGCCGAAGCAAGAGCCCCUGCAGCAGCAGCAGCAGCAGCAAGAGCAGCAACAGCAGGCGCAGCAGCUGGAACAGGAAGAGAAGAAAGAAAAGGAAACCCAAGAACAGCAUGCAGACGGGCACGAGCAGCAGCAGGAACAGCAGCAGCAGCAGCAAGACCAGCAGCAGCAGCAGGACCACCAGCAGCAGGAAUCACAGCAGCAGCAGCAAACCACGGAUAAGGCGCCAGAGCAGCAGAAUACUGAGCAGCAGCAGCAGCAGAAAGAGCAGCAUGAGGGGCAACAACAAAAGUCAGAGCAACCGCCGCAACAGGACGAGCAGCAGCAGCAGCAGCAGCAGCAGCAGCAGCAAGAGCAGCAGCAUGGGGAUGAACUGCAGCAGCAAAAGGAGCUUGGGCAACAGCAACAGCCGCAGGGGACCAGCGAGAUGCAGCAGGAGCAGCAGAAACCCGGUGAUGAAGUGCAGCAAGAAAGCCAGCAGCAGCAGCAGCAGCAGCAGCAGCAGCAGCAGCAGCAGGAAGCUGAGCAUCAGCCGCAAAUAGGAAAUACAAAGGAAGAGGAGAAACAACGGGACCAAGAGACAGAACAGCAGAAGCAGCAGCAGCAACAGCAGCAGCAGCAGGACGAGCAGCAGCCACAAUCGCAGCAGCAAGAUGAGCAGCGGCAGCAGAGUCAGGAUGAAAAGCAGCAGCAGCAGCAAAAACAGGUGGAGCAGCAGCAGCAGCAGCAGCAGCAGCAGAAGCCGAAUUUGCCGGAUCAGAAGCAGCAGCAGCAAGAGGAGCAGCAGAGUAAGCAGGCGCUGAAGAGCAAGGAUGAUCCAGGGAAGAAGAAACAACAGCAACAGCAGCAGCAGCAGCAGCAGCAGCAGCAGCAGCAGCAGCAGCAGCAACAGCAGCAGAAUGCAACAGAAAAAACAGCAGUAGCUGUCGAUGAAGCUGCAACGCCUCGGGCUGUGUCUCCUAACGAGGCAGAAGAUCCUGUAGCUCCCUCUUCUCCUCAGCAGCAGCAGCAGCCACAACAACAGCAGCAGCAGCAGGAGCAGCAGCAGCAGCAGGAGCAGCAGCAGGAGCAGCAGCAGCAGCAGGAGGAGCAGCAGCAGCAGCAGCAGGAGGAACAGGGGGAGCAGCAGUUUUUAGCGAAGAAAAGGCUGAGCGAGGAUUACAGUUUCUUAAUGUUUGGGUCCCGCAUAUCUCUGGAUGGGUAUGAGGAGUUUUCUAUGGCGGGGGAUACCCUGAAGCCGCAGCAGCAGCAGCAGCAGCAGCAGCAGCAGCAACGAGACAGCAGCAGCUACUGGACAGACCCUUUGAAAGAAAGGAGACAAAAGAUGGCAGCAAGAAAAGCACUGGAGACAGCAGACGGAGAAAUAGGACGCCUGAUGCUGGAGCUGCGCAAGCGGGUAGCUGAGAUGCCCGCUGACCCUAACGAACGCCUGGGGGUGCUGGAGACUUUGUCUCUCGAGCGUCCGGCUGGGCGCCGCGUAGUCUCCUUAAGCAGCAGCAACAGCAUUGGCAGCAGCAGACAGCAAUCUAUGGGGGCCCCAGGUCAGGGCCCCCAGGAGAGCAGCAGCAGCAGCAGCAACAACAACAGCAGCAGCAACACGGGUGCAUGCAAUGAGGGUGAGGAUCAGUCUGGAUUGAAUCUGAGUGGGGAUGACGAAGCAGCAUUUGCUGCUGCAGCAGCAGCAGCAGCAGCAGCAGCAAACCAAGGUGACCCUAGACACCCAGGCUCUCUCCCAGGCUUUGUCCACUGGUUAGCUCGCCUAGAAGUCUUAGAGGCCCUUCGCUGUAUCUUUCGCGAUGAUGUCUCCUUCUCCGUCAACAGCAACACAAAGAUAGAAGCCAUGAUGGUCCUCAAGGCUCUGCUGCGGAGAUACCGACAAGAGAGAAGACAGCAGCUAGCCAACGCCGAGGUCCCCUCUGCCAGCUCAGCUGCUGGUAUGAACUGCGGGGCUGGGCGGUCCCCCUGCAUGCCUGCAGACAGGCGCAUGCGGCGUAAAUCUUUCCGGUGA